CCUUGCAUCAGACUGCAGUUUAUUAAGGCGAGUCCAGAGGGACGGACUCAUAUGGACCAGGAAGCUGAUGGAGACACAGUAAACAGCUGGCGUGUAAACUAAGUCCAUUUUUAAACACUAGCCCCUUUUAAUCAUUUGGUUGAAGGAAGUUGUUUUUUUUUUUUUGUUUUUUUUUAAAAGAGAAUAUUUUAAGCUGCUUCGCUGUCAUUUCGAGCAGCGGCGGAAUAAUUUAGCGUCUCUGGACUUCAUGAAUACGGACUUGGUGGAGCAGGAAGACGAGCUGCUCGCCCUGCAGAGCAUAUUUGGUUCGGAAGAGUUCGUCCGAAAUGAGUCGAAGUCUGCCGGAGAAUUCCGAGUUUCCGUGGAGCUGCCAGCGGGAUUCACUGUGCUCCUAAAUCACGGUGGAACAAUAAGGCAGUAUGACGUCUCUUUCCUUCCACCGCUGCUUCUGACCUUUGAACUUCCUGGAGAUUACCCGUCCUCUGCCCCUCCCUCCUUCACUCUGACCUGCAGCUGGCUGACACACCCGCAGCUAACUUCCCUGAGUGAUCGGCUCACAGAUCUCUACCAGGCCACUGGGGGCGCUGUGGUGCUCUUCUCCUGGAUCCAGUUUCUGAGAGAGGAAGCCCUGAAGCACCUGGACAUCCACAAUCUGCUGAAGGUUCCUUCUGAGCAGAUCGAUUCUUCCUCAGCUUCAGACAGAUCUCAACUUCCUGCGUCUGUUCCGGCCGGACAGGAAGUCGUCCCUCCAAACGAAGACCAAAGUGACUCUAGUGUCUCUUUGACUGCGUCUCAGAUUCUCCUGUCCCAGAUUUUGAUCCACGAUGCAGAGCAGAAAGAAAAGGUGUUUGCAGCCACGCCGUUUGACUGUGGCGUGUGCUUCUCGAGCCGGCUCGGGUCCGAGUGCGUUCAGCUGUACGAGUGCGGCCACAUCUUCUGCCGGGUCUGCCUCGACGAGUUCUGGAAAGCACAGAUUACGGAGGGGAACGUCCGUGGCGUUACCUGUCCUCAGGUAGACUGCUCUGCCACGCCAACGCCUGCACAGGUGAAAAGUCUUGUAGGAGAGGAGCUCUUUCACAGAUAUGACCAUCUUCUGCUACAGUCUACCCUGGACGACAUGCCUGACAUCAUGUAUUGUCCUCGGCCGACUUGCGGUUCUGCUGUGCUUCUGGAGAAGUCCAGCCCCGCAGCGAUGUGCUCUGUCUGCAGCUUUGCUUUCUGUGUAGACUGCAAAAACACGUACCAUGGAAGAAGCAAGUGCCAUGAAGAACCUGACUUAUCUACAGCGAAGAGUGAAGAUCUGCUGAUUGCUUUACCAAAGACAGGAGAUGGGAUCCAGGCACUUAUAGAGGAAUAUGCUAAAAGCGGCAAGAGAAGGCGUCGCCUCCUAGAAAACAAAUAUGGCCGUAAAUUGUUUGUUUAUACCUUCGAAAAGCAUAUUAGCGACAAAUGGAUAAGCGCCAACACCAAACCCUGCCCUCACUGUUUCUCCCCAAUACAGAAAUAUUUCGGAUGUAACCACAUGUUUUGCACUCAAUGUAAAGGGAAGUUUACGUGGCAGUGAUGCUGUAGACUUGACUUUUUCUUUAGAGAAGUCUUUCUCAAACUUUGGACCGCGGCCGCCCCCUAGUGGCCGCCCAGGUACUGCAUGUAAACGACCGUUUGUUUACUGUGACGUCAGCUCGAAAUGCGACGCUACAGCUAGCUUAGCAAAGGACAGAAAUAAUGGAUCAAACCGGGUCACUCAAAAGAAAAACUGAAGAUACCGGUGGAAAGAAAUCAACGGCAGGAAUACUGCAGAGGUGGGCAGAGAACUCAGAUACUGUACUAAAGCAAGAGUAGUUCUACUUCGACAUAUUUUUACUCAAGUAAACAUAAAAAGUAGCUGUCCAAGAAAUUAGUCAAGUAA